AAUGUAAGGAGUUUUGCUGCGUGUAUACAUUCUUGUCCGCUAGAUGUCACUACAGAUUAAUGCCACUUAUCAAGUUUCUGCAAGGACGCUCUUAACCAAGUCCAACAUUCCUUAGUCGAAACAAAAUGUCUGCGCCCUAUGGAUAAUGUGGAAGUAAACAAUCAUGACAACUCAAAUAACCUUGCGAUUGGGAUAGCGUGGUGAGAUCGCCUCGGAUUUUAUAAAUGCUAGCUCCAUUGUAAUACCAGUCGAAGAUGUCAUUACGUUUUUGCAACCUAGUUUUGCGAAAAUGUCUGCGUUGUCCUGCUCACGUUCACGUAGCUGCCCAAGUUGAAAAUGCGUCAUUGUUUCUUAACACAGGUGGUGGUGGUGUCGGCCGUCUGAGGAUCACUGGACAAAUUGGUCUUCACUUCACUCCUGUCUGUUAUAUUGCAUCGAAGGCGGUUUCGGGAACUCUAAUAAAAAGCACCGCGACGGAAACACAUGACAGGCUUUGUCACCAUCCAGCCUCCGUUCCGCCCGACAACGAUGACCAUGAGGCGUUGAUGGUAAACCAUCCAGAUCAACCUGCAGAUUCAAAGAUAUUAAAAGUGGCCAUCAUUGGUGCCCCAAAUGCAGGGAAGUCAACUUUGUCAAACCAGCUGCUUGGAAGGAAGGUGUUUGCUGUAUCAAAGAAAGUGCAUACAACAAGGACUCGUGCUCAGGGCAUCUUCACAGAAGAUAACACCCAAAUUAUCUUGCUGGACACUCCUGGUCUCACUACCCCUUCAAAAAUGAAAAGACACCAGCUGGAGAGGUCUCUCCUUGUGGAUCCGGGGAAUUCAGUCCAGGAGGCUGACCUAGUGCUGGUCCUUGUGGAUGUGUCAGACAAGUGGGCCUGCACUAAACUGAGCUUUGAGGUACUGAAGUGUCUGGCCCAGAACCCAAACAUCCCAGCGGUCCUUGUCCUCAAUAAGGUGGAUCUGUUGAAGUGUAAGAGCAGGCUGUUGGACAUCACUACCGAACUGACCGAAGGAGUAGUCAAGGGCAAAAAAAUACAAGUCAGGUCAGCGGUCAAGCCGCUGCCCAAGAGGGGAGGCCAGGACAGGCAGGUGGCCGUUGCCAAACCAGAUGGCAAGCCACAGGAGGGUGGGGUCAGUGAACUAGAGGGACGUGACUCUGACAGCCCAGCUAACCUGCCUGAGGCCCCUGUGGGAAACAGUGCACCGAGAGUGCUGAGCAGACAGGAGCUGCGCAUACUGAGAGCCAGGCAUGGCUGGCCCCACUUCCAGGAUGUGUUCAUGCUGUCUGCCGUGGAGGCAGAGCAAGUGGAAGCUUUGAAGAGGUACCUGGUGAUAGGGGCCAAGCCUGGCUCUUGGCAGUUCCACAGUAGCAUCCUCACAGACCAAAAUCCACAAGACAUCUGCAUCAACACCGUGAGAGAAAAGCUUCUAGAGUAUUUACCCCAGGAGGUGCCCUACAACGUAUCUCAGACCAUUGAGUUGUGGCAAGAGGGAGAUCAAGGGGAGCUGGAAAUAUCAUUAAAACUGAACGUGAAGAAGGAGGGCCACAUGAAAAUGCUGAUUGGACAGGCCGGUCAGAUGAUUGCCAGGAUUGCCCAGGAGGCUGGGAAAGAUCUGAUGAAUGUUUUCCUGUGUGACGUCAAGCUGAAGAUAUCAGUGAAGGUCAAAAAAUAAAGAGAGUGGGGGGGGGGGGGGGG